AUGCAGGACCCAGAUGUGCCAGAGCCUGAACGAUCGACUAUGGAAACAGAUGUCAGAGUGACCGCUAGCGUGAAACUGCCUGCCAUAAACCCAAGCCAUUGGAGUUCUAUCUCCCAACCCAACCCAGUGAAACCUUUGGCUUCGAAAUCAAACUUACCCGAGGACAACGAGGCGAGUCAGAAAGUGAAUUCACAUAUCCAACCUACACCACCUACAAGGCCUCGUGUGAGGUUGGGUGGACCGUCGAUUGCUCUUUACAUUGCACCCCACUUAAGAAAACCAUCACUGCGAUUUCCCAGGCGAUUUCCCACUAGUCACACCACCUCUGGGCGCAGUGAAUCCAAACAACAACCUGCAGGAGUACCUCAGUCUUCUUUGUCCAAGACCCAACUGGCCACUUCUGUAUCGAAGCUUUCCAAGUUGAGGGAAGAAAUCAGACCUGCAUCUCCUGAAGCUCCAUCUUCGAAUAUCGCACAGAACACGCCCUCGCGCCAGCAAAAGGCAGCCAGUGACGUCAAAAUGUCUGAUACUGAUUCGGAUGAGAUCAUGCUUGCGCGUGGGAACAGAUUUCGAGAAAACAAAAAACCCCAAAGCCAAGCUGAGUUCCCUCAGCGCUUUUACGAGCAGAAACUCCACAAAAGAUUUGAGAGCCCCAAAGUCUCUAUGAAGCACAAGCGAUCGAGGAUCCAAGCCACAAACAGCAACCACGCAGCAAAUGGGGGGGAGUCUAGCAAACGGCCAGUAGAUGGCAGUUAUUCCAAACCCCCAGACAAGGCGAAACAAGAUGCUUUGGAGGAAUUGCAGCGACUCCGAGAGCAAAUCGUUUGCCAGGCACAUUUGAAUCGCUUCAAAGACCUGGACUUUCCCACGGCGAACCCAGACGCUCUCAUCAAAUGCAGAGAUGGACCAGGAACUGAUCCAAACUCGGAAUUCUACCAGAUUAUCACAAAGCGUCGUCUUGCGGGGAAUACCGUUAAUGAAGAACCGAACUUCCCUUCUUCGGUGGGCCUGUCUUCCAACGAAACAAUCGAACCUGGUCCCGAUAAGUCCGUAGUCCAGUGGGAAGCGUACAUCCAGAACCCUGACAUCUUUCCGAUAAUAAAAGAUGGGGAGCUGUACUUCUCAUCGAAUCCGACUCCUGAACAGGAGCGUAUUCGAGAUCAGCUGGCACAACAUGGUCUUCAGCCCACGACCACUAUCGGUAAUACUGAAACGACACUGCGCCCUGACAACAAAUGGUCUGAUGCCAUCUAUGCUGAUUGGGAAUAUCGUCCUCGCGCCUACUCGAGCUUGGAGGCGUUUCGCGAUUGGUUUCGCCGAUGGCUUGACGGUACAACACAGACUUGCUGCCAUGUUGAUAUUUAUCACCAGGCCUUUUUCGAUGGAACUGCGCAUGCAGAUGGCGUACGUACCAUGUUUAUUCCCGACUUGGACGACCAUCGGACCUGCCACGACAAGGAAGAUGAAACAAUACUUCGUCACUCUCAUGAGACCGCGGAGGGAUAUUGCCACAACUGGGUGAUGCAUGUCAGAAAGCAAGAGGCAGAAGAACGAACUCGUAGGGAGAUUAACCGGCAGGCUUACAUCCAAGCCAUGAAUAUGCCACUGGAGCGGAGUCCUCACUCGCCUAAAGCGAACAUCUAUCUCCGGCCCGUCGAACUUCACGACGUCCCGGAGCUUCUUCGGAUUAUCAAUUGGUAUGCUAGCAAUUCGACUGUUAGUACUGACAUUAAAGACUGCGAGGCGGGAGACGUUCGCCAGUGGAUCAAUGACUCCAGAGAUCAGAACCUACCCUUCGUAGUUGCUGCUGAGCGCAGAACCGGUACAGUCCGGGAUGAUACCGCAGAGAAGGUCGUAGGCUAUGCUUUGGCAACUGAUUUCAUGGGCGACAAAACCAGCGGUCGAUACACAGCGGAGCUUAAGGUUUUUGUCAGACCCGACAACCGAUGUCGGGGCAUUGGAAGAUGUCUCACCGACAAGCUCUUGGAAGUGUGCGAUCCUACCUACAUUCCCAAAUUUGGGUAUAUUUUCGACUCCAGUUUUGAGGAUCGACCUAGAUACCAGUCGGGAGGCCGUCGCCGACUUGCUCGUCUUAUCUUUACCCUUAGCUAUCGAAAUGAGGAACGCACUAAAUACCAAUGGGUCAUGGACUGGUUAGCUCAAAAAUAUGAGUUCGAAGAGCAGGGUGUGCUGCAAGGAGCGAGGGUCAAAUUCGACCAUUUAUCAGCAGCCAAAAAGCGAAGCUCUAGAGAUGACGAUGAUUUCGUGCUUACUAUCUCUGACGACGAAAAUGAUAACUUCGAGAACAUUAACGAGAACGGUGAUGAAGACACAACAUUAGCCGGUGCGAAGAAGCGCAAGAGGGAAGCAGCGGAGACUACGUCUGGAAAGAACAAGAAACAGAAACAACAAAAGAAGCAAUUGAAGAACGGCAAGUCGAAUAAGGAGGAGAAGCUGGAGGAAGAGCCCGAGGAGGAAGAGUCCGAGGAAGAAGAGAGUGGCGGCGACGAUGAUGGCGUACUGAAUCCGGAUUUCGAAUUUGAUGUGGGUGGUGUUGCGAAUACAGUCACCGAAGGUUUCGAUGGAUGGGCUACCGGUGAUGCUCGUGAGAGUGCAACCAAGAACGGGGAUAAGAAAGGAGUGGAUAUUGAUGAUAUUAUUUCUCGGCGAAAGGAGAAGAAAGAGACCCAGGCGCAAAAGAAGCAGAAGAAAAAGGAACCUGAGAGCGAGAGCGAAGGUGAGGAAGACGAAUCGGAUGGGGGAAUGUCGGUUGACUUCAAGGAUGACGAGCUACUAGCCGAGGAUGGAUUUGGUAUGGGAGCUGAUGGCGAAGGGGAAAGCGAGGAGUCCGGAGGAGAAGAGUCAGGUAGCGGUGAUGACAAAGAGGGCGAAGGCGACGAGGAUGAGGAAGAUGAUGACGAUGAGGCUGCCUCUGAUAAUGAUUCUGUUGCAACUCCCGUCAAUCACCCGGACGACGUCUCAGAUAAUGACUCUGAGGUGGAUGCCGAGGAACAGGAGAAGCGCAAGGCUUUCUUUGCCCCGGAAGAGAAAACUAAUGAGCAGUCCUCGAUGGACGUAUCGAAAACAUCGUUCCAAGAGUUCAACCUCUCUCGACCAAUCCUGCGUGGUUUGGCCUCCGUCAACUUCACUAACCCGACUCCCAUCCAACGGAAGACUAUCCCCAUGGCCCUCCUUGGUAAGGACAUCGUUGGUAGCGCUGUUACCGGUUCCGGAAAGACAGCUGCCUUCGUUGUCCCCAUCCUGGAGCGUUUGCUCUUUCGUCCACGAAAGAUGCCCACUAGCCGUGUUGCCAUUCUAAUGCCUACCCGUGAAUUGGCUGUGCAGUGUUACAAUGUGGCUACGAAACUAGCCACCUACACCGAUAUCACCUUCUGUCAGCUGGUCGGUGGUUUCAGCCUCCGAGAGCAGGAGAAUAUCUUGAAGAAACGUCCCGAUGUGAUUAUCGCUACCCCCGGUCGUUUCAUCGACCAUAUGCGCAACUCGGCUAGCUUCACCGUUGAUACCCUCGAGAUUUUGGUUUUGGACGAGGCCGAUAGGAUGUUGGAGGAUGGAUUUGCAGACGAACUUAAUGAAAUACUGACGACCAUUCCCAAAUCUCGGCAGACAAUGUUGUUUUCGGCGACCAUGACCGAUACGGUGGAUAAACUCAUCCGAGUCGGACUCAACCGACCUGUACGCCUCAUGGCCGACUCCAAAAAGAAUACCGCUGCGAACCUCGUUCAAGAAUUCGUGCGACUACGACCAGGACGGGAAGAUAAGCGAUUGGGAUAUUUGCUCUAUCUGUGCAAGGAGAUCUAUACCGGGCGAGUCAUUGUAUUCUUCCGACAGAAGCGCGAGGCGCAUCGCGUUCGGAUCGUUUUUGGACUACUUGGGCUCAAAGCGGCCGAGCUCCACGGUAGCAUGAGCCAGGAACAGCGUAUUACAAGCGUGGAGAAUUUCCGUGAUGGAAAGGUGGCUUUCCUACUGGCCACCGAUCUGGCGUCACGUGGUCUCGAUAUCAAGGGAGUCGAGACGGUCAUCAACUACGAAGCGCCGCAGAGUCAUGAGAUCUACCUGCAUCGCGUGGGACGAACGGCCCGUGCCGGUCGUUCGGGCCGGGCAUGCACAAUUGCUGCCGAACCGGACCGCAAGGUGGUAAAGGUGGCCGUGAAAGCCAGCAAAGCACAAGGCGCCAAGGUGGCCAGUCGGGUGGUUGACCCUGCCGUUGCCGACGACUGGGCUGCAAAGGCUGAGGCAAUGGAGGAUGAGAUUGAUGCCGUGCUUGCCGAGGAGAAGAUGGAAAAGCAGCUCGCACAGGCGGAGAUGCAGGUGAAAAAGGGCGAAAACAUAAUGAAGCACGGAGCAGAAAUAAUGUCGCGGCCGAAGCGGACAUGGUUCGAAAGCGAACGGGACAAGCAGGCGGCGCGCAAAUUGGGGGCAACGCAACUCAAUGGACCGGAGUCAGGGAAGAAGAAGGACAAGCAGAGGCUUAGCAACAAGGACAAGAAACGGCUUGAUGACACUCGGCAGCGACUAGAAGGAAAUGCUGGGUGGAAGAAGGGCAAGGCUGUCCGAGAGGGACCGAAACAAGGGAAGUCGAUGAGUAAAAAGGGCGUCGGCGACCUUUGGACGCUCAAAGAUCCCUCGACGAAGUACAAGCCGUUCAAACCACUUCGUCUUCCUGAUCGUCAAUGGCCCGAUAAAGUCAUCGAAAAGCCCCCUCGGUGGCUGGCCACCGAUCUAAGAGAUGGCAAUCAGAGCUUGCCGGAUCCCAUGGAUUGUGAGCAAAAGCUUCGCUUCUUCAAUAUGUUGGUAGAUAUCGGGUAUAAGGAGAUCGAGGUUUCCUUCCCUUCGGCCUCUCAGACGGAUUUUGACUUCACCCGCCGCCUUGUCGAGACUCCCGGACUCACCCCGGAUGAUGUUUGGCUACAGGUUCUGUCCCCCUGUCGUGAGGAUCUCAUCCGUCGCACAGUCGACUCCCUCAAGGGAGCCAAGAAAGCUAUCCUGCACAUAUACCUAGCUACCAGCCCAUGCUUUCGUCGCAUCGUUUUCAACAUGGACAAGCAGAAGAGUUUGGAAAUGGCCGUCCGCUGUACCAAGUACGCUCGCUCCAUCACCAAGGAUGACCCCUCGACCGCUGGUACCCAGUGGCAUUUUGAAUUCUCCCCCGAGACCUUCUCUGAUACCGAGCCCGAAUUCGCCGCACAGGUCUGCGAGGCGGUCAAGGAGGCUUGGGGGCCGACCGAGGAGGACCCCAUCAUCUUCAACCUGCCAGCCACCGUUGAAAUGUCGACUCCCAACGUGUUCGCUGAUCAGAUCGAAUACUUCUGCCGACACGUAUCGGAGAGGGAGAAGUAUGUGGUAUCCGUACACCCUCACAACGACCGCGGUUGCGCCGUCGCAGCGGCUGAGUUGGCUCAGAUGGCCGGUGCACAGCGUGUCGAAGGAACCUUGUUCGGAAAUGGCGAGAGAACCGGAAAUGUAGAUCUGGUGACUCUGGCACUCAACCUAUACACACAGGGUAUCAGCCCCAAGGUAGACUUUUCGGAUAUUAAUUCCGUUAUCAAGGUGGUUGAAGAAAGCAACAAGAUUCCUGUUAAUGAGCGCUGGCCUUACGGUGGCCAGCUGGUUGUCUGCGCCUUCAGUGGUAGCCACCAGGACGCUAUCAAGAAGGGAUUCAAGGUGCGGGAAGAUACCGGAGUUACGGACGAGGCCCAAUGGGAGAUCCCCUACCUUCCCCUGGAUCCUCAGGAUAUUGGAAGGACCUACGAGGCUGUUAUCCGUGUCAACUCUCAGAGCGGCAAGGGCGGUGCUGCUUGGGUUAUCUUGCGCAGUUUGGAGCUGGAUCUCCCACGCGCCCUCCAAGUCGAGUUCAGCAAGGUCGUCCAGAAGCGGACAGAAGAAGCCAACCGGGAGCUACGCUCCAGCGAAAUCGUCAGUCUCUUCGAAGAGGCAUACCACCUCAAAUCAAACCCCCGCUUCAACCUGGUCGACUACAACAUUACUGCGGAUCGAUCGACCUCCCCUGCACCGCCAGAGCCCGGCAAAGCGCUCAACACCAGGAACCUCAGGCGUCGCUUUACCGGUAUCGUCGAGAUCGACGGUAUCCAGCACGCCAUCACAGGUGUGGGCGCUGGUGCUAUUUCCUCCCUGGCCCACGCUUUGUCCAAGUUGGGCAUCGAUCUCGAUGUCGUUGACUACAAGGAACACUCAAUCGGUUUGGGUAAAGACGUGAAGGCCGCAACGUAUAUUCAGUGCACUGCGGCCGGCAGCAAGGAACAGGUCUGGGGUGUCGGUAUCCACCAGGAUGUGGUCCAAGCCAGCUUGAUCGCCUUGUUGAGUGCUGCUAGCUCUUUCCUCACCAGCCGCGCCGGAUCCCCUGCACCAUUCCGUCCCCAUCGCUCUAAUGACCUCACUGCCGAAGACCUGAAAGCUCUGGACGAUCUGCACUCUGCCAACGAGCCAGCUAUUCUUGCAGCCAAGGCCACCAACGGCAGUGCCGCACCCAGGGUCAAUGUGGAAGCACUGACGCAACAAGCUGAGAAUAUGUAG